UCAAAUCCCGUGUGCUGGAAAUGGCAGAAACCGCUCCAGCCGCCACUCCGGCCAAGGCGCCGAAAAAGAAAGCGAGCUCGAAGCCUAAGAAGAAGACGGGCCCUAGCGUGUCUGAUUUGAUCGUGAAGGCUGUGUCGGCUUCAAAGGAGCGCCACGGACUCUCUUUGGCUGGGCUCAAGAAGGCUUUGACUGCUGGCGGUUAUGAUGUGGAGAAGAACAACGCCCGCGUGAAGCUCUCCGUGAAAAGCCUUGUGAGCAAAGGAUCUCUCGUGCAGACCAAAGGUACCGGCGCCUCCGGGUCCUUUAAAAUCAACAAGAAGCAAGCGGAGGCCAAGGAGAAAGCCACGAAGAAAAAGGCGGCUCCGAAGAAGAAGCCAGCGGCGAAAAAGUCUACUGCCGCCAAGAAAGUAAAGAAACCAGCAGUUAAGAAACCCGCUGCAGCCAAGAAAGCCACCAGGAGUCCCAAAAAAGCGAAGCCGGCUGCAAAGCCCAAAAAGGCAGCAAAGAGUCCGAAGAAGGUUAAAGUGUCAAAGCCUAAAGUGGUCAAAACCAAGACUGUAAAGAAGGCUGCACCGAAAAAGAAGUGA